AUGGUCAAGUUGGAAGAAAGCAAGAUUAGCUUCAUUGGCGGAGGCAACAUGGCCGCAGCCAUUAUCGGCGGCCUGCUCGCCAAGGGCACCAAAAAGGACAACAUUUGCGUGUCGGAGCCGUGGGAGGUGAACCGUGACAAGAUGGCCGCGCUGGGCGUGCGCACCACGACAUCCAAUGUCGAGGCGGCCCAGGACGCCGACGUGGUCAUUCUGGCCGUCAAGCCGCAGGUGGCCAAGGGCGUGUGCCAGGAGCUCGGCGGCUCGUGGGCAAGCCGCAGCUCGCUGCCCGUCGUCGUCUCCAUUGCCGCCGGCAUCACCCUCGUCAGCCUCGUCGACUGGUUCAAGGGCGCCGACGGCCGCACCCCGCACGCCGUCCGCGUCAUGCCCAACACCCCGGCCCUGUACGGUGAGGGAGCCUCGGGCCUCUUUGCCAGCUCCGAUGUCACCGAGGACGAAAAGACGCUCGUCACUGGUCUCUUGAGCAGCUUCAGCAAGGCGACCGAGUGGGUCGACAAGGAGGAGCUCAUUGAUGUUGUCACGGGGCUGUCGGGCUCUGGACCCGCCUACUUCUUUGCCAUGGUUGAGCACUUGAUUGCCAGCGCCACGAGCCUGGGUCUAUCGGAGGAGCAAGCAACACGGUUGGCCAUUCAGACCUGCUUCGGUGCCGGCAAGAUGCUGGUUGAGUCGUCAGACAGCCCGGCCCAGCUGCGCAAGAACGUCACCAGCCCCAACGGAACCACACAAGCUGCGCUGGAGAGCUUUGAGGCUUCGGGAUUCAAGGAAAUUGUUGACAAGGCUGUCAAGGCCGCGACUAGCCGUGGUGAGGAGCUGGGAAAGAUCCUUGGGCAGUAG